AUGAACUUACCGAAGGGGAAGUCGGACAUGUAUGGGCGUGACGCACACGUGCCAUCACUCUGCAGUGAAUAUCAUCCAUCGGAGUGGAUUUUUUUGUUAGUAGUGAUGUUCACAGCGACGGUGUGUGGCGGGGGUGGCAUAGGCUUCAUCCUGCCGGUGACGGCUAUGCAUGAUGCUUCUAUGGACAUGACUUCCGCUUUAGCUCCAACUCCAGCUGCUGCUGUUGAUGUUGCUGCGUCCUAUUCUCAUGCAUAUAGCGCGGAUGCGUGUGCUUCAUACACGAGCUGUGCUGAAUGUGUAUUUGAUGCAUCCGAUGGCAUCUUGAGCCCAUCGAUGGACUGUGCAUGGUGUGUUAUCACUCACCGUUGCAUGCGUUUUAACGUCUCGUUUUUGACAUCCAAUUUAACUCCAUCAUCAUCAUCAUCUUCUUCUUCUUUUUAUGCCGCUGCGACGGCGAAGACUUGCCCGGAUUGGCGCCACGCAAAAUUUAACGCCAACUGCCCAGACAUGUCAUGCUCUGCGGCACACACGACGAACAAUAUUUACAUCUGCCGUCCAAUAACGAUUUUUUGGAUUUUACUCGCCUGCAUUUUAGUUCUUUUGGACCUUGGAUUCUACAUGUGGCUACACGCUAUACGACAGUUGCCAUGGAAAUACGAGCCGCGUUUGAGUCAAUUGCUCACUGGGAUGCCGACCCCUACGUUGCAACUUAUAACUCCGGUGAGGGUGAAUCAGGAGCAGGCGGGGUCGGAGGGGAGAGAGGUGCCAACAGAGGUGGAUAUGAAGGAGCAAACGAGUAAUUAUCAUCACAGUAAUAAUAUUAAUAAUCAUGUGGACGAUGAGAAGGGUGAUCCACACGAGCACAACAGCCAACACCAGCAGACGCAAAAGCAAAAGCGUGUGCUUAGCAAUUGUCCCAUUUGUAAGAUGGCACAACCAGCCCCACUUCCCCCUGGGCAUGUAUGUUUCUGGUGCGACAUUGCACGGUUUGGUUUUAUUCCUCUCUUUAUUGGCACUUCCACCGCGGGGCUGAGCUUCAUGCUUCUCUUUUGUGUCUCAUUAAAGCCAUGGUUUGCGGAUGGAUUUUACGCAUACCUCUUGUUGAGUGCCUAUAUUUCAUACGCACUGUUUGGGGCACACGUGUAUUUUAGGCGGGCAUCGAGAGUGCAUGUAGAGGCGGCACGCGAAACACUUUACAUAUCCCUUGCAAUUUUUUUGCAUGGCCGCUCCGUUCUUUCGGUUAUGCCUUCCCUUUCAGAAGGAGACAUUGUCCCAUCUGCAUCCGCGUCCACGUCUGCGCAGGCUUCCCCAUUGCAACGUCCCGUCCAACCACCAGAAGGAGGGGUGGGAGGAAAGGCUUUGUUGCAAAGCAAUGGUCUUACCACUGAAUGGAUACGACAGAAGAAGGGAGAGACGGCACAGCUGCUCAACAUGGAGGAAUUGGAGCAUGGAAUUCGGAAGGUCUUGCGUCAGACACUUAGCCGUGAUGAGUGUGUUCUCUGGUGCGAAAAGCCGGAGGUGUCAAGUGUCAUUUUGUAUGAUCUUUGGCUCUACUUGGACCUUUUAGCAGGGUUGGCACUUGGGAUCUGGCUUUUUGUGGCGUCAAGCGUUAAAGACUCCAGUUAUGUGCUUGUGCGUCUUGUUGGCUCCACCUCAAUGUGUGUUAUUGGUUUUGUGUUGAUUUUAGUCUUUGCCUGCUUACUCAUGACGACAUUAAGUAGUAGCACCCGUCUGUAUGUUCUUACGGAUAAUCGGUUAUUGACGAUAUUUAAUGGUUUUAUCAGUCCUACAGUUACAGAGACGGAGCUUAGGAGUCUUCGCCGUGCCUCUAUCUAUGGAUGCAAGAUGUGGACUGCGAAGCCGGAACUUACCUUUUCAUGGGAGGUGCCUGUAACGGAGCGGAAGUUGCCCCCUAUUAAGAGUCAGAACUUCCCUUGCGUCGUUCAUGUAGAGGAGUUUUUGAAAUACUUCAAGAUGGUUGCACCGAAGUUUAUGCCAAUCAAUGAUCAAAUCCGUAAAGGCAUUCGACAUGAACGAAAGGCGUGGCGGUUGCAUCUCUUCUUCUGCAUUGUGCUGCUCCAUUUCUUACCUAUCAUCACGUUUUACCCACUUUUUGUGCCUGGCUUCUUAUCGUUUUUGCUGCUCAUUAUAUUUGGCGUUGUCGUGCUGGCAACGGUGCAUCGUGGGGUGCGUGCUCAACACGUGACGCACACGCCGUUGAAUCUUGUGGACCAUUGGGCUCCAUGUGACCUCCGGCGCAGCAGAAGCGGUAGCGGUGGGAGAGCGAGUCCGCUUGCCCGUCUUGUUGCCGACGGGAACUCCACAGCAGAGAAUUUAGGGAGCAGGCCAAAAACCGUCAAGUUUUCCUCAGGCCUGGAGCUGCCGAGGAGCAGAGAGUCUCGCACAUCAUCUCCCCCUCCCCCCGCACGUGACCGCCUGAAAUGA